AUGUUGAAAGCUGUUAUUUUAAUCGGUGGUCCGCAGAAAGGUACACGCUUUCGUCCAUUAUCAUUGGAAAUGCCAAAACAUCUCUUCCCUGUGGCUGGUUAUCCAAUUAUUCAUCAUUUGAUUGAAUCAUGUAUAAAAGUUAGUGAACUUCGAGAAAUUUUAUUAAUUGGAUCUUAUCAACCGAAUGAAGCAUUAUCACGUUUUAUAGCGAAUGCUCAACAAUCAUUCAAUAUUUCGAUACGAUAUUUGCAAGAAUACACGUCUCUGGGAACAGCCGGAGGUAUAUACCAUUUUCGCGAUUUAAUAAAAUCAAAUUUAUCAGAAUCGUUUUUUGUAAUUAAUGGUGAUAUAUGUGGCGACUUGCCAUUAACGCAAAUGCUCGAGUUUCAUAGACAGCAUGUAGGAGGAAAAGGUUUCACCAUUUUAGGAACAGAGGCAACAGAAAAACAGUCAUGCAAUUAUGGAUGUAUAGCUUGGGAUAAAAAAACGAAUGAAGUUAAACAUUAUGUUGAAAAACCGGAAACGUUUGUUUCUACAACAAUUAGUUGUGGUGUUUUUCUAUUCUCAAAAGGCAUUUUUCAAAUAUUAUCAGAUACAUACAAGAAAAAUCAACAAAUUUAUAAAGAUGAAUGCUCAUCAGAACCCUCAUUUCUUAUAAAUGAUGUUACUCGCUACGAAACUCGUGAAUGUAUCCGUUUAGAAAAAGAUGUUAUUGCAAAGUUGGCUGGUACUGGACAAUUGUUUAUUUAUCCAAUGAGUGAUAAAUUUUGGAGUUCAAUUAAAUCGGCUGGUUCUGUUAUCUAUGCAAAUCGUCAUUAUUUGGAAAUGUAUCGCAUGUAUUAUCCUGAACGAUUAGCAAUAAAUUCUGAUGUUAAAAAUACACCAACCAUAAUCGGAGAUGUGUUUAUUCAUCCAACAGCAUGUGUCGCACCAUCAGCUGUACUUGGUCCAAACGUUUCAAUAGGUCACGAUGUCUCUGUUGGAACAGGAGUGCGUAUUCGCGAAUCAAUUAUACUUGGAAAUUGUGUAUUACAGGAUCAUUGUUGUGUGCUAUACAGCAUUAUCGGCUGGAAUUCUACAAUUGGACCUUGGACAAGAGUGGAAGGCACACCAUCUGACCCUGAUCCGAACAAGCAAUUUUCAAAAAUCGAGCAAGAUUCAUUAUUCCAUGAUGGGAAACUGCAUCCUUCCAUAACUGUUAUAGGUAAUAACGUCAGUGUACCUGGUGAAGUCAUUUUAUUGAAUGCAAUUGUAUUACCACAUAAAGAAUUAGGAUCUAGUUCAAAAAAUCAGAUUAUUUUAUAA